AUGCAGUCCCAGCACACGAUAUACUCUUUGAAACCAGGUAGUUCAAAGAGUCGAGAUGGUCGGAGAAAGGAAGAAGGUGAAGGAGAUGACGAUGACGAUGAGAUGGCCAAUCUUUCAUCCUCAUCCUUCUUUCUUUUUCGGCUAUUCGUUUCUUUUUGUUUUACUUUUUUUGUGUCGUUCUAUCUCUAUCGUGGCGCGAGAUGGGACGAUGACGAUGACGAUGGACAGGGAGAGGAGGGACAAGGAGACGAUGAAGCCGAACCCGAAGCAGGAAAAAAAAAGAAGAAGAAGAAGAAGAAGAAGAAGAAGAGGAGGUACACUAUUAAGAGAGAAGAGGGAGAAGCUGGAUAA